AUGUUUCACAGACGCAAAAGACCUUAUAACACCAGAAAUUAUGGCCAUGAUGACAAGAAAUUCAAAUCGCAGUACAUCGAUAUUAUGCCAGACUUCAGCCCUUCCGGUCUGUUAGAGCUGGAGUCGAAUAACAAAGAAGGUAUAGCUUUAAAACAUGUGGAGCCGCAGGACGCUAUUUCUCCAGAUAACUACAUGGAUAUGCUAGGACUGGAGGCGCGAGAUAGGACUAUGUAUGAACUAGUGAUAUACAGAAAGAAUGACAAGGAUAAAGGACCGUGGAAAAGAUACGAUUUGAACGGCAGGAGCUGUUAUUUAGUCGGUCGUGAACUGGGCCACAGUCUGGAUACAGAUCUCGACGAUAGAACGGAGAUCGUUGUCGCAGACAUUGGUAUACCCGAAGAAACAUCCUCAAAGCAGCACUGCGUCAUCCAGUUCAGGAACGUUCGUGGCAUUUUGAAAUGUUAUGUAAUGGAUUUGGAUUCGUCCAAUGGGACAUGUUUGAACAACGUUGUAAUUCCUGGAGCGAGAUAUAUAGAGCUACGAAGUGGUGACGUCCUUACACUUUCAGAAUUUGAAGAAGAUAACGAUUACGAACUCAUCUUCAUGAAUGUAUAA